AUGGCUCCGCACGACGUCAGCGGUCGCGCCGACCUCAUCGACAAUGGCGACAGCGUCGAGAAUGUCGAAGGCGAUCAAACCGAGAUCAAGGCUCAUGAUGAUGCGGCCUUGUUGCGGACUAUGGGCUACAAACCGGUUCUGCACAGAACGUACACUCUGUUCGAGAACUUUGCGACCACCUUCGCUGCUCUGUAUUUCGUUGGCGGUGUUCGCGUCACCUUCAGCACCGGUAUCGCUGCCGGUGGUAACUUGGCUUACUGGACCAGUUACUUGGUGACGAUGGUCUUCACUUUCAUCACGGCAGCCGUCAUUGCCGAGGUUUGUUCGGCCUCGCCAUCUGCGGGUUCGAUUUACCUGUGGGCUGCGGAAGCUGGUGGGCCUCGAUUCGGCCGACUUUUGGGUUUCAUUGUCGCUUGGUGGAGUACCACUGCCUGGACUACUUUCUGCGCAAGCAACACCCAGGCGGCUGCUAACUACAUGCUUUCGGAAAUCACUGUGUUCAACCUUGACUUCCCAUCAGACACCAGCAGUGUCAAGUUCCGUGCCGUGCAAUGGAUCUGCACUGAAGUCCUACUUGCUCUCGCCGCAUUGCUGAACUUCAUGCCUCCUCGCUACUUCAAGCAUGUCUUCCGGUUCUCCGCCGCAAUUGUCAUGCUUGACUUCUUCCUCAACCUGAUCUGGUUGCCCAUUGGUGUCGCACAGACCUGGGGUUUCCGUACCACCCAUGAGGCGUUCAUGACCACUUAUAACGGCACCGGUGCCCCAGCCGGCUGGAACUGGUGUCUUUCUUACCUCGCCACUGCGGGUAUCCUCAUCGGAUUCGAUGCCUCCGGUCACGUUGCGGAGGAAACUAAGAAUGCGUCAAUCACCGCUGCUCGUGGUAUCUUCUGGAGUACCGUUGCCAGUGGAUUCGGUGGUCUCGCUACCAUCAUCUUGUUCCUGUUCUGCGCGCCUACUACGGACGUGUUGAUGAGCUUCGGUUCCCCCCAGCCUUUCGUGCCGCUCUAUGCCGUCGUUCUGGGUAAAGGUGGUCAUAUUUUCAUGAACAUCGUCUGCGUCUUCGCGCUGUGGCUUAACACCGCCAUUGCAAUCAUCGCCGCUUCCCGUCUUGUCUUCGCCGUUGCCCGUGACGGUGUCCUCCCCUUCUCAGGUUGGGUCUCCCGCGUCAACAACGGCCAGCCACGCAACGCAGUCAUCGUCGUCUGGGGUGUCGCUGCCCUAGUUACCUGCACUAUCCUACCCUCCAACGUGGCCUUCACCUCCCUCGUCUCAGCUGCCGGUGUCCCCAGUGCCGCAGCCUACGGACUGAUCUGCCUGGGUCGGUUGUUCUGUACCCCGAACCGAUUCCCGACACCGCAGUGGAGUCUGGGUCGGUGGAGCAAGCCCUUCCAGCUCAUCGGUGUGUUCUGGAAUGGCUGGGUGGUCGCUAUCCUGUUCUCGCCUUACGAAUGGCCUGUUACUGGCGAGAACUUGAACUACGCCCCUAUUAUUAUGGCUGGUGUGACUAUUCUGGCUUUGGUCUCUUACUUUAUGAUGCCGGAGAGUGCGUGGCUUCCUCGCGACCGUAUCUCUCACUUUAUUGAUAGUAAGGGGGCUGUUGAUACGGUCGAGGAAGUUAGCUCUGAGCAUGGUGAGCCGAGUACUUCCACCCAUAACCAGCAAAGUACUACUCGUCGGGUAGUGCUUGGUAUGUGA